AUGGUAGUACAAUGGAUGAUAAGGACCAAAAUUAAAGUCUCCGAUCCAUGAGAUGAUGAAUAUUUCAAAUUUGUAAUUACUCCAUUUUUUAUUUCCUUCUUGAUAUUUAAUUUGAACAAUUCUUCCUUUACCUAAAUAAAAGGAAAUACCAACACUAAGAGUGAUUUCAACUCAAACACAAAUUUAAAGAUGACAAUGGAAAACUCAAAACAAUUGAAAAUUGCAAUUCUUGGAGGAGGACUUGGGGGCCUCUCUAGUGCAGUUGCAUUGAGACGACUGGGCCAUCGAGUUACAAUCUUUGAGCGAUAUGACUAUGCUGGAGAAGUUGGGGCUUCUCUUCUGUGUGCUUCCAACGGAGGAAGAUGGCUCCAUGAUUGGGGUAUUGAUCCUUUGAAGGCCAAACCAGUGAUUUUAAAGACUUUAGUAAGACAUGACUGGAGCACUGGUGAAAAUGAAGGUGUUUACGAACUAGGUGAUUAUGAGGAUAAAUUUGGAUAUCCAUACUAUAACUUUCAUAGAAUUGAUAUUCAUAAUGUGAUUAAGGACUAUGCAACUUCAUCUGAAGGUGAGGGAGUCCCCUGUGAACUUUUGGUUAACCAUAAGGCAAUUAAAGUUGAUUAUGAGACUGGUCAUAUUGAAUUUGAGAAUGGUUCUACAUUUGAUGCUGAUUUAAUUGUUGCAGCUGACGGAAUUAGAAGUUUAACAAAACCUCAAAUUGGAAUCUCACCUAAAUUUAAACCAUCUACCUCAUCUUGUAUUCGUAUUUUAUUCAAGACUGAAGAUGUUUUGGCAAAAGGUUUACAUGAUUUUUCCAAAAACAAUUCUAUUGAAUUUUGGGGCGGGAAAGAUAAGAAUAAAAUUGUCUUAUCACCUUGUUCUGACAACAGUGUUGUAUCCUGUUACUGUUUCUUUGAAAAUAAUGGCACUGAUAUUAGUGAUAGUUGGCAUAAUGAAAUCUCAAUUGAGACACUUCUCAAUUCAGUACCAAAUUUGGACCCGACUUUACAAACAUUAUUCAAGGAGUGUGGCUAUGAUAUCAAGCAAUGGAGGUUAUAUGACCACGAACCAUUGCCAUAUUUCGUCAAGGCAAGUACAAAUGGAGCAAAAGGUGUAGCAUUGCUCGGCGAUGCAGCGCAUGCUAUGAUGCCAGACCAAUCUCAAGGAGCUGUAGCAGCUUUUGAAGAUUCCGGAGCUUUAGGCUAUAUUUUCUCUCCCAAGUUUAACUCUUUAUCAAUGGAACAAAGGUUGAAGUUAUAUGAGGAAGAACGGAAGCCCAGAGUAACUAAAAUACAAGCCGCCUCCUUGAGAGCUAGGGAAAAUUUAAAUGAAAGAAUUGGGUGGUCUUCGUCGUCAGAUUUAAAGCAUGAAAAGAAAUUAACUAUUGAAGAAGUAUGUGGCUAUGAUAUGAAGGCACAUAUAGACCUCCUUUCCAAGUCAUUAUUCUCUUAAUUCUAUAUAUAGCUAUCUAUCUAUAUAUAUAUUUCUAUAAAUACAGAAGAAAUAUUAUGUA